GCCCAUUCCUGCCCCUCUGCACUCAGGAUGGGGGCUGCAAAGCUGGCGCUGGCGCUGCUGGCUGCAGCUCUCCUGCUGCAUGUGGCUGCCACGCUGAAGAUUGGUGCCUUCAACAUCAAGACGUUUGGGGACAGCAAGAUGUCCAACAAGACUGUUGCAGAUAUCAUCGUUGCUAUCGUGUCGGAGUACGACAUCAUCUUGGUGCAGGAGGUCCGGGAUACUGACCUGAGCGCUGUGCAGAAGCUGAUGGACCAGCUCAACAGCGUGUCACCGCACCCAUACAGCUUCUUGGUCAGCAAGCCCCUGGGUCAGAGCACCUACAAGGAGCAGUAUCUCUUCAUCUACAGGUUGGGCAUGGUCUCCGUGCUGGAAAGCUACUACUACGACAACAGCGGGGCUGUCUUCAGCAGGGAGCCCUUCAUCGCGAAGGUUUCCUCACCCUACACACAGGUGGAGGAGUUUGUGCUGGUGCCCCUGCACGCGAACCCCAACAACGCGGUGGCCGAGAUCGACGCGCUCUACGACGUCUACACGGACGUCAUCAGCCAGUGGGCGACUAGCGACGUCCUCUUCCUGGGUGACUUCAACGCCGCCUGCUCCUACGUCCCGUCAUCUGCCUGGUCGGCCAUCCGCCUGCGCGCCCUCGAGGCCUGCGAGUGGCUCAUCCCCGACAGCGCCGACACCACGGUGACGCUCACCAACUGCGCCUACGACCGCAUCGUCGCCUGCGGCUCCGCGCUGACCAGCGCCGUCGAGCCCAGCUCCGCCGCCGUCAACAACUUCCAGGAGAUUUUCCAGCUGCAGUACAAGGACGCAUUGGCUGUCAGUGACCAUUUCCCAGUGGAGGUGACACUUAAAGCCCGCUGACGCCCCCCCUGCUCGGACACCGACUGGCAUGGCCCUGGCACACACAUGCCCCCCCGGACGCCCCCAGCGCUGCCGCCGAGCCCGGCACGUGCCCACGGUGUGCACGGUGCUGCACGCGCGGCGCCCGGGGGCCUGUGCUGCAAAAGUGAGCCCACCACCGGUGACCUGUGCAGCCGGCGGAGCUUCACACCUGCUUGAAGACCUGCUGCGAGGCGUCUCUCUGAAGGGCUGGUCCUCUGGGGUCUUGGGGCCUGGGGAUGCUCUCGACUGUCAUUAAAAGAAUAGCUCGUUUUCA